UUUUUUUUAUUUCUUCUUGUUAUCCAGCCAAUUAAUGCCGCCUCAGGAACCAACAUUUCAUCCUUCAGAUCUAUUAAAGUCAGAACAUAAUGAAUCCUUAGAUUUUGUAAAGAAUGAUUAUAUUCAAGGAUCAAGAAAAAAAUCCAAUCAUCAUAUUGAAUAUACCAGAGACGAAUUGUUAUCCUAUUCAAAAUGCUUUACUUCAAUCACAGAAAAUAAGAAUAGCUUUUUAUUAUCAAUCACCACUCUACCUAGUAUUCUUAUUCGAUACGGUGUUUUAUUUCCAUUUCGUUUAAUGACCUUGACUGCUUCUACAAUAGCUUUCUUUCUAUCUUUACCUAUUGGUGUUGUAUUAAAGAAUAAUGAUUUUGUGUCAUUAUGUGUUAAAUAUUAUUGUAAAGGGAUAUUAUUUUCUUUAGGCGUCAAGGUAGAUUAUAUUGGAAAAAAAGCUGAAUUAAAAGAACCUCAUGUGUUUGUGGCUAAUCAUACAUCCUAUUUGGAUUAUAUUUUAUUGGGAGCAAAUAAGUUUCCUCAUGCUGUUGUUAUGGCAAGACAUUCUGGUGUAUUAGGCUUCUUACAAAAUAAUGGUUUAAACUAUUUACAUUCACUUACCUUUGAUCGGUCAAAUAUAACAGAACGUAAAAUUUUAUCUGAAAGCUUAAAGAAACAUGUGCAUUUGUCUAAUACUUGGAAGAAUCCGAUGAUUAUUUUCCCUGAAGGCACUUGUGUUAAUAACAAGUAUAUAAUUCGUUUUCAAAAGGGUGCAUUUGAAUUAGGUGCCAAAGUCUGUCCAAUUGGUAUAAAAUAUGAUAGAUAUUUUGGUGAUCCAUAUUGGGAUACACGUAAGGGAUUCAUGUCAUAUGCGUAUUACAGAAUGACAAGAUGGAUUACACCUGUCAAAGUAGUCUAUUGUCAGCCUCAAUCACCACAAGAGAAUGAGGAUGCUGUUGAUUUUAGUAAUAGAGUAAAAGAUAUCAUUGCAACUAAAAUAGGUCUUGAAAAAGUAGAUUUUAAUGGCACAGCAAAACGUGAAUUAUUACGGGUAUUAAAAGAAGUGUCAUAAUAAAAUGUGUGUAUAUCAUUAUUUAUCUACUAUUUAUACGCAUCUAUUUAUACGAUACUUAGACAGCAGAUACAUUAGAAAUAAUAAUAGUAAAAUAGAUAAACAUCACCAUUCAUUCUGUAAAAGAAAAUAAAAAAAAAAAUAUCGGAGUUUGAUAUUACAGUUCAUCGUGACUUAUUUGUCCUGACAUGAAAUAG